GAGCAAAUGAGCAAAUGUAGCAGACGUCUGAUGUGAUAAGAUUAAUUUCUCAUUGACUUCUAGGAAUAACAAGUAUGGAAGGCGUUUGGGUGAAAGAAAUCCUGCAAAGAAUGCUGGACCAAAUGUUGACUUUUCUGAGAAUGAGAGGAGAAAAGGCAGAGAAAGGAGUUGAUCUGGAUCAAGAAACCUUCUGCUGUUCCAUCUGUCUGGAUCUGCUGAAGGAUCCGGUUACUAUUCCCUGUGGACACAGCUACUGCAUGAAGUGUAUUCAAGGAUUCUGGGAUGAAGAGGAGAAAAUCCCCAGCUGUCCUCAGUGCAGGAAGACCUUCAUACCGAGGCCUGUUCUGGUAAAAAGCACCAUGUUAGCAGCUUUAGUGGAUCAGCUGAAGAAGACUGGACUCCAAGCUGCUCCUGCUGAUCUCUGCUAUGCUGGACCUGAAGAUGUGGUCUGUGAUGUCUGCACUGGAAGAAAACUGAAAGCCAUCAAGUCCUGUCUGAUCUGUCUGGCCUCUUACUGUGAGAAACACCUUCAGCCUCAUUUGGAUGCAGCUGCAUUCAAGAAACACAAGCUGGUGGAACCCUCCAAGAACCUGCAGGAGAACAUCUGCUCCCGUCAUGAUGAGGUGAUGAAGAUGUUCUGUCGCACUGAUCAGAAGUGUAUCUGUUAUCUCUGCUCUGUGGAUGAACAUAGAGGCCACGACACAGUCUCAGCUGCAGCAGAAAGGACUGAGAGGCAGAGAGAGCUGGAGGAGAGUCAACAACAAAUCCAGCAGAGAAUCCAGGACAGAGAGAAGGAGGUGAAGCUGCUUCAACAGGAGGUGGAGGCCAUCAAUCACUCUGCUGAUCAAACAGUGAAGGACAGUGAGAAGAUCUUCACUGAGAUGAUCCGUCUCAUCCAGAAAAGAAGCUGUGAUGUGAAGCAGCAGAUCAGAUCCCAGCAGCAAACUGAAGUGAGUCGAGUCAAAGAUCUUCAAAAGGAGCUGAAGAAGGAGAUCACUGAGCUGAAGAGGAGAGACGCUGAGCUGAAGCAGCUCUCACUCACAGAGGAUCACAACUAUUUUGUAAGAAAAUGGUAUGGAUGUCUCAAGAAAUCUGACAGCUUUCUUCCAGUACAUUCUAUUCAACUUCAGCAUUUUAAUAAAGGACAAAGUGCCGUCCCUCAGUGCAGAAAUAAAUUCCAGGAACUUCUAGAUGAAGAAUUUAAGGAGAUCUGCCAGACAGUCACUCAUGUGGAUGUUUUCCUGUUUCAAGAGCCAAAGGCCAGAGCUGACUUCCUACAAUAUUCACAACAAAUCACUCUGGAUCCAAACACAGCUAACAGCUACCUCUUUCUGUCAGAGGAGAACAGAAAAGCAACUUGCAUGGCAGUGGGGCAGUCUUAUUCCAGCCACCCAGAGAGAUUUUCCAUCAAGUUUCAGGUUCUGAGCAGAGAGAGUCUGUCUGGACGUUGUUAUUGGGAGGUGAAGAAAGGAUUUGGAGGGAUUUCAGUGGUGCUUUUGUAUAAGAACAAGAGCACAGUCAAAAAAAGUUUCGGAGAAAAUGAAAAUUCUUGGGUUUUAAGUGUUUUUAAGCGCGGCUUUAUAUUCAAGCACAAUAACAUCACCUAUCCCAUCAGAGCUCCUGCUUCCACUAAGAGUCCAGACCACAUUCACUCAGCCGCUUCAUGUUGGACUGUGGUUGUUUGGUCCACAACACAGCACAGCUGAGUUUGUCAAGCUCGACUAGCAAAACAUCUUGUUCCACUUUCGGCUUCUCCCAUCAAGGGUCGCCACAGCGAACGAGUCGCAUGGUAAAUUUGGCAAUGUUUUACGCCGGAUGCCCUUCCU